GCGAUGGGUCACCACAUUCGAAUUGGCUUUGGAACAAAGGCCAGCGGCGCCAUCUGGAGCUGCGAAAAAUGGCUAUUCGGGUUGUUUUAUUGUCAUCUCCACUGGCCGUUUCGACGAUCACCGAGCUCAUCUAUUCGAGGACAGACAGCCGUCCAAUCUGCCGAUACAGAGCACAAACUAAUUACUGCAAGGACCACGCGGUACGAGGCAGCGCGGCUUCACAUGUGCCGGAACCGAAGUUCUCGUAUCUCCAUUCACUAGACCCAGGCGGCCUCUCCGAGCAAAGAAAAACGCGACGAUGAAGCUCCGUCCUAUUUUGGCAGCAUUUUCUCUCAACUCCAUUGCUUACAGUCCGGACCUUACGAGCGAAAAGAUGGAAGCAAAAGCCCUUGGUUCUUCAAUGAUGUCAUAUUGGCUCUCUUUUUCUUAUUUCGGACAGCUAAAUAUAUGCGCAGAGCAGCAAGCAGGGGUUUUCUCUCGUGCCGACGACGAUGCGGUCCAACAUCAGCACUACUCUUCGGCUCCGAUAAACGCUAUUCCCACUAGCAGUAUCUUUAAAUGUCAUCUGAUUCCAGCUUUCCAUCUGACUGGUAGGCCACGAACGCACGAGUCAAUUAAUCCAUGCGUGCUUCUCCAGAGGCUGACUGUCCCCAUCCUGGCAGCCUUGACCCGUUGGUGUUGUGCAUAUUCUGGCCCCUCCUCUCCUAGGACUAACAAGCCUUAGACAAAGUGCAUAUCAUAGCGAAUAACGGCAUUGGCAUUGGUUUCAGAACAGAAGAAGCUGACUAACAAGCUGUGUGUAUCCGGUAGGGGGGCCUUUUGCUUUCUCGUACAAGUAUAAUUAUUGCCAGACAUGGUGGAGCUCUCUGACAAGGACUACGUGAGAUUGGCCGUUAAAUUCAACUGCUGUGGUGAAAUACCGUGAACCCUGGCAGAUGAUUCCAGUAAAUAGUCCAAACGUGUAAGCUUCGGCUGAAUGCAAG